AUGAAAGGCUUCAUGGUUUUUCUACUGCUUGCCAUGCUAAUAGCUUCAGCCAUCACUACUCUCUCUGCAAUACCAGAAGAAGAAGAAUCAUUCUUCAAUGAGGAAAACAAUACUGAUGCAAAGGACGAAACCAAAAACCAGUUUGGAAAAAGCACUUCUCUAAGAAGCCGCUUCCUUUCCUACAGCAAGUGUGGGACGAAAUGCAAUUACUCAGAGAUUUGCUGCGAAGGUAAGUGUGUGAAUCCGAACUCGGACAAUGAAAACUGCGGCAGCUGCAACAACGCGUGCAAGAAAGGCACUUCAUGUGCGUAUGGAAUGUGCAGCUAUGCAUGA